CCUAGGGAACAUUUACAGUAAGAGAAACAAGUUCAAAGAGGAGUUUCAUAAGGUUUUGAAUGAACCCCAAUCAAUAGAAGAGUUUUUGAGGGCCUGGUCAGAUUUAGUGCAGAAGUAUAACCUAGAGUCCAGUGUUUAUCUGCGUCGAAUGUGGGACAUGAAAGAACGUUGGGCUCCUGCUUAUUUCAGGGGACAUUUUUUUGCUAGAAUGUCAACUACGCAAAGAAGUGAGAGCAUGAAUCAUGUUCUGAAGAAGUACAUCAAACCUUCGUCUUCACUGUAAGCUAAUACAUAUUGGUGAUGAAACCUUGGAAAGUUGGGGUGGUAAAAUGUUUGAAGUUCAGGUUGACAUGGCUACACAGGAAAUGUUAUGUGGUUGCAAACUUUUCGAGCACUUGGGAAUCCUUUGCUCCCAUAUUAUUAGAGUUAUGGUGCAGUAUGGCUUCACAGAAAUUUCUCAUAGAUACAUUAUGAAGAGGUGGACAAAGGAUGCUAGAAACAUAAUUCCAAAGCAUUUAGAAGAGUACUACCUGAAGGAUAAGGAGGCAGCAUCAUCAGGAACAUAUAGGAGCACUGUCCUUCACAAAUCUGCACUUGAUGUGGUAAGGUUUGGUGGUGCUAGUGCAAAAACUUAUGAGAAGACGGUAGAAGUUUUGAGUAAGCUACUUGGUGAAUUAAAGGUGAUGUCUACUUCACAAGCUGAAAAUAAGUCUGACGGUGGUUGUGGUGUGAGAAGGGUAGAAAAGUAACCAAUUAUUGACAUGUCUUCGAGUGAUGACAGCUUUGAAGCAGAGAAUGGAACAUCUAACCACACCGAAGAGGAAGAAUCUGGAGAUGAUAAAUUCAAAGAACAAGGCAUGACUGAAGCUAAUGAAAACGACAUACUCCCACCUGAAAAUAGAAGAGGUCGAGGUCGACCGAAGAGUACCAGACUCAAGUCAAUGGGGGAAACUGUUAGCAAGGCAAAGAAGAAGAGAAAGGUAGUAAUUGACAGCAGGUCAGUUGAAGGAACAAAGCAAAAAAGGUACUGCAAGCUUUGUGGUCAAAAUGGGCACAAUAGAACUACAUGUGGUCGUGAGUCUGCGUACAAGAGGAUGUAGGAAAUAUGAUGAAUUAACUCUAGAACAAAGAAAUUAUCUGUUGUACAUAGAAUGGAGUUGUCUCUGCUAAUUGUUAGAGCAGAAAAACCUAUUAGGAUCUUUAUGUCUCUGUGCUGAAAUUGAUGAAAAUGUUGAGACACGUCUGGUAUUUGCUAUCCUGGCAAACUAAGAAUCAGUUCUGUAGUUAUAUGAGCUUUAAUCUCCGCAUGAAACAACAAGUACAACAAUGU